AUGUCUAUCAAACAUAUCUUUGAUGAUGCGAAUGGCCUCGUAGAGAAAGGUCUCUACGGUGUAGCUGCUACGAACCCUGCUCUUCGAGUGGAGAGAGAUGCUUCGCACGAUCGCAGCAAGGUGGCAAUUUUGGCUGGUGGUGGUGCCGGUCAUGAGCCGACCUUUGGCGGUAUGACGGGCCGUGGUAUGCUUUCUGUGGCUGUUUCGGGCGAUGUUUUCGCAUCGCCUAGCGCUGCGCAGAUUUGCAGUGGUGUUGACUUGGCCCCAACCGACAAGGGUAUCAUUGUGGUGGUGCUCAACUACACGGGUGACUGCUUGAACUUUGGUCUUGCCUCGGAGAAGGCUCGCUCGGCUUUCGCGUCCGAGGGUAAAGGCAAAGAAGUCGAGAUGGUCAUUGUCGGUGACGAUGUCUCCGUGGGCCGUAGCAAGGGUGGUCUUGUCGGCCGUCGUGGUCUGGCUGGUACGCCGUUUGUCGUCAAGGCCCUGGGUGCUGGAUCGGAGAACGGUAUGGACGUCAAGUCUCUCGCCAAGCUUGGCCGUACUAUGGUGAGCAACCUUGUGACUGUCGGCUCGUCGCUCGACCACUGCCACGUCCCUGGCCGCAGCACGGACGACGAGGAGCGUGGUGCGCUGGGUCCCAAGGCCGUGGAGAUCGGUAUGGGUAUUCACAAUGAGCCUGGUGUCAAGCACAUCGAGGAGAAGCCCUCGGCGGAUGACCUGAUCAAGGAGAUGCUGUCGCUCUUGCUUAAGGAAGACGACCCUGAACGCUCGUUUGUCAAAUUUGAGAAGGACGACGACCCAGUGCUGAUUAUUAACAACCUGGGUGGUAUGAGUGUGCUGGAGCUUACAGCUGUCACAUCCGUUGUCAAGGAGCAGCUGGCUCGUGACUGGAACCUCAAGCCGGUGCGCGUGUACUGCAGCACCUACACGACCUCGCUGAACGCUCCAGGCUUUGGUAUUACGCUUCUGAACCACAAGCGCGUCUCGAAGGAGGCGGGUGUCGAUGUGCUGGAGCUUAUUGAUGCUCCUACUGAUGCGCCUGGCUGGGCGGGUGUCGUCCAAGGCUGGAGCGACAAGCCCGUGCUUCUUUCGAACGACGAGCAGCUGAAGGAAAGUGAGAAGCUCGUCAACUCGAAGCGUGAAUCCGGCCACGCUGUGAGUGGCAGUCAGUCGGGUGGUAAGACCGCCACGUCGGGUCCGAAGAAUGGCGACGAGUCCAAGACCAAGAAAGUGGUUGAGAGUCUGUGCCAGGCUGUGAUUGAUGUCGAGCCGACGCUCACCAAGUACGACACCGUGGUGGGUGACGGUGACGCGGGUGAAACGCUGCGUCACGCCGCUGAGGCCAUCCAGAAGGCACUGAAAGACGGCAAGGUGAAGACUGACUAUGCUACAGCGACCGUGCUGAGCAUUACCGAAGUGCUUGAGUCGGUGAUGGGUGGUACCUCGGGUGCCAUCUACCAGAUCUACCUUACUGGUCUUGUGCAGGGUCUGCUUAAGAGCGGUGAAAAGACCAGCGAUGCUGCCAACGCGAAGCACUGGGGUGAAGCGGCUGUGCAUGCGCUGGAGAGCCUGGGUAAGUACACCCCAGCUCGCCCUGGUGAUCGCACGCUGGUGGAUGCCUUGGAUCCGUUCUGCCGUACGCUGCUCAAGGCAACCGAGGGCGGCAAGGGCGACAAGGAGGCGCUCGAGGAGGCCGUGAAGGCCGCCAAGGAGGGUGCCGAGCACACUCGUGAGCUGACUGCGCGUCUGGGUCGUGCUACGUACGUCGGUGAGACCUCGGAGAAGGUCCCUGACCCUGGUGCGUGGGGUGUGUGGGCCCUUGUAGAGGGUAUCCUCAAGGCGCUUUAA